AUGACGCGGCAGGCAAAAACACCGAGGAAUUUUACUGCAAAACGAGAGCAAUUGCAGACCCUGUGGUCGUCACUUGAAGGGCCGCCGCCGCUCUCAAAUUCACAAAUGGACGAAUAUCACUCACAAGGCGCCGAGACCCAGACGCAUUCACGGCAGAAGCGGCGGCGGGGGAUAAGAUGCUACGACGCCCGCAUCCGAGUGCUGAUCACCCACGUCACCUGCCUCCUCGCCGUCAGCGUCGACCUGCUGGAGAUGUACGAGGAGUCGGUUCUGGAGUAUCUCACCAUGGAGCAGAACCCCGUGACGGAAGAGGAGGAGCGCGAGAUGUCGAAGCGGAAGCGAUACCAGAAGAUCAAGCGGUACACAGCCGUGGGCCUCGCUACCCUGGGGGGGGGUGCCAUCCUGGGGCUCACGGGGGGGUUGGCGGCCCCCCUCAUCGGCGCCGGACUCGGGACCAUCAUCGGGGCGGGAGGCGCAGCGGCGUUGUCCUCGACGGCGGGCGUGGCUGUGGUGGGCUCCAUGUUCGGCGUGGCUGGAGCUGGACUCACGGGCUUCAAGAUGCAGAAGCGGAUCGGCGAGGUGGAGGAGUUCGCCUUCGAUUACCUCACCGACGGAAGCCACCUGCACAUCACCAUCGCGAUCUCCGGCUGGCUCACCAAGGAAGGCAUAUCGGAGUUCACUCUGCCGUGGAGGACACUGUAUAAUUCGAGGGAGCAGUACACACUUCGCUACGAGUCCCAGUACCUGCUGGAGUUGGGCCAGGCCAUGGACUACCUCCUCCAGUUCGCUCUUUCCAUGGCAGUUCAGGAGACUCUUAAGUACACUAUCCUUGCUGGUAUUAUUUCAGCAAUCACGUGGCCUGCGUCCCUCCUCACUCUUGCCUCGGUGAUCGACAACCCUUGGGGAGUCUGCUGUCGGAGAUCAGCGGAAGUGGGGCGUCAGCUGGCAGACGUCCUUGUCCAGAGACAGCAUGGCAAACGCCCCGUGACCCUUAUAGGUUUCUCUCUCGGGGCGAGGGUCAUCUAUUAUUGUCUUCUGGAAUUAAGCCGGCGAAAAGGCAGUGCGGGAAUCAUACAAGACGCCAUAUUCUUGGGAGCUCCCGUGCCUGGCUACAGUUCUGACUGGAAAGAAUUUCGCAACAUCGUGUCUGGACGAAUCAUCAACGGCUACUGCCAAGGAGACUGGCUGCUGAGGUUCCUCUAUCGUUCCUCGACCGGCACCAUGAAGAUCGCUGGCCUGAUGCCCAUCGACUGGCAGGAUCGCAGGAUGUUCAAUUUCGACCUUUCGGAUAUUGUGACUGGUCAUAUGGAUUAUGCCAAGAAGAUGGAUGUGAUUCUGCGGUUGUUGGGAAUCCGCACACGUGACCCCAUGACUGACAAUGAUCCCAGAGUCAAGAAGAGCGCAUCCGAUUAUCCAGGGUUUAUGUCGAUGCAUGGAAAAACGGAGUCUUCAGGACUUCGUCCCUCAAGUUCUGACAGCAGGUUACUCUGUGGCCGAAAUGCUCCCCUUGCAAGGGCCUACUCCUCAGAUGACCUCCUUCUCCCCAGGACUGCCUCCUCUCACCUCAGCAAGUCAAGUGCUGAGGACCUCUCUACCCUUAGGACAUUCUCCUCCACAGACCUCAGCAGUAGAGACUUCUCCUCGAGCGGUGACAUUGGCUCUCCAAAGCCCUUUGUCCGGGAAUUACCCAGGGGCAGGACUCUCUCAUCAAGCAACCUCCUGCUUGGCAACAGGCUCUCCUCUUCCUCCUCCUCCUCAAGCGAUCAGGUUCUUGGGGACGACAAAAUGCAGCCGAGGUCUAAAAGCUCUUACUUCACCGACAUGUUCUCAAGAAAGCCACCCUCUGCGAGCCCCAAAGAACAAAAACAGACUCUUGCUCAGGAUAUGUUUAAGCGAAGGACUGUCUCAUCUGGCAACCUAUUCCCAGUCAAAGGUGGUCUGUCUAAUCGAGAAUUCCAACGAUCAAAUUCUCAGGAACAGUCCAAACAAUCCCUGUUUCAGAUAUUUUCAAAAAAACAAGAACGUAUUGAGGAAGAUAGCCCAUGAUUCAGUAUAUAUGUACAUACCAUGUAUUUAUACUUUCAUAACUUUACAUUUAUUUCAGUUUUUCUUUCAUACUUUGUCGUGUUUUAAUUUUUAUAAUUUCCAAAACUUAAAUGUUCCUUUUUUCAACAAAUAUUAGAAUAUGUGUGUUAGAAAUUAAAAAGAAUACCAGUCACAUAAUAUCUUCUCAUUUUCUUGCAUAAUAUAUCUACUGAAAGAAUCAAAUGUACCAUUUUAUUACUCUCAAAAUGUUUGGCAGGAUCGCAGGAUGUUCAAUUUCGACCUUUCUGAUAUUGAUUCCGGUUGGUAACAAUAUCAAUUAAGAAAUUAUUAUGAGAGGAUGGAUGUUACUGGCGGCAAAAUUGUAAUAACAUCAGUGAUUUUCAUUAUUCUUGAUGAAAUAUAUAUAUUUUUUAGCUUUUAUGUAUUACCAUUUUAACUUUUUGAUGUUUGUGUUUGUGUUAUUUUUGUGGUUUUGCUUUUGAAAAAAUAUUGUUUCAGUUAUUGUUGUGGUAUCAUCUGAUUUUAGAUUAUUUUGUAUACUUCAAAAGAGAUAAUGGUUAUUUUGAAUGUACAUUUUUUUUUUUGUAGAUUUUUUUUUCUUAUAUAAGUUAUGCAUUAUAUCUGUAUGGUCAUUGAAAACAGGAAAUAAGAGAUUAAAAGAAAAUAUGAGAAGAGAGAUAGAAAGAAGUUGAAUGAAACUGAUCGAGUAUUAUUAAUAAGACAGUAGUUUUGAUUAUGGUACGAUCAGUUUUAGCAUUAGCCCCUUGGUGGUCACAACAGGAUGACUUCCCCAUAGGUGUUCCAGGUAUUAGAAAAGGGAAAUUUCCUGAGAAACACCUGAAACAAGUGUAUGGGAUUGUCUGGCAUGUAGCUCAAUACACACCAGUCAUCUGGAGCGUUGAUAAUAUAGCCAUGAUUGUUACAAGUUCAUUUCCUAUGACCCAAUACAAUAGUUUCAACUACUCACACUUUUUAUGAUCAACCAUGACUGAAUCACAGUAGGAAAAAGGGCUUAAUUAUAGCAUGACACAGGAUAAGAUGCAUGUUCCUACUAAAGGACAAACCAUGCACAAUUUUCAAGCUGUGGAAAGUGAAUAUGCAUAAUGUUUGAAGGGAAUGGCAAAACUGCCAAAUCAUGUUUUGUAUGAAUAUCUAUUCUCAUAUACUAGAAUUUACAUAAUAGUUCUCUGGUUGUAACCUGUUUAUUAUUUUUUUAGGGAAACAAGAGCCCAUGUUAAUAUGAAAAAAGAUGGCUUGUACAUAAAAAGCAACAUCAAUUUAUUUAGUUACCUAGUGAACAAUCAUACAUAUAUAUGACACAAAAUAUAUGUAUCAAAAAUGAAAAAAAGGUUUAAAAAAAAAGGAUAUAAUGAAUAUACUGCUAUAUUUUUAAGUGCUUCACCUGCUGUUUUACAAUGAGAACUCACAGAGUAUUGAGCAUUUCCUAUACUAUAUCAACAGGAUAUGUUUGGUAUAUGAAUUCCAUAUAUAACAGCCUUUCAGAACCCCCACAAAUGAUAUUAUAGAUGCUUAACUAGCUUCUGUAGUUCCUAUGCAUUAUAUAUAUAUAUAUAUACAUAUAAAAUAAUAAACGUCCACUAGACACUAAUGUCGAGGCCUAUGCUCACAGCACAUUUAAAAUUUGUUGAUUAUUUCCCUCCUUUAUUUUAUCUCCUUUUCUUUCAUUAUCGUCCACAAUGCUGCUGUCAGGGAACUUGUGAUAUGUAGCAGUUGCAAAGGCGCUACAACUCCGUGCCAAUGGAUGUUUUUCCUUAGUGUCAUUUAAUGUUCGAAGGUUAAGAGGAGAGUUGUUGGUUUUAUUCUCUCUCUAUUGAAAUGUGAUACGGGAAGAGUAUAGCAAGUUGAUGUGUGCUGUUUAUGAGUUGCUGUUGCGUAUCUUUUGUAAGGUUGUUUUACUUUCUUUGUAACGUGUGGUUUGUUCAUUAACUGAUAUGAAUGGAGUUUACAGUCUAUGUUUCUUGUAAGUAGCUACUUAGAGAGUGUUUAAAAGAAAGUAAUCAAAUUUGAUUUGUCUUUUUCAUAAGAAUGACACUGAAUUGUGAUCUUAAGCACAAUAAGCCCUUAGCAUUAUGCAGGUGUAUCAACUUUUAUCCUUAACGAAAGAUGCAAUGUUACGUUCAUCUUCUACUUAAUUUAUAAUGUAAAAGAUGUACACAUAUUAUAUUAUUAAAUCCAUGAAAAUAUUAUUUUUGUGGCUUUGUAAUGCACUAGUUAGUAAGAACAAUAGUAUAUGAUUUGGGUUGAUUUAAUUGUCUUUUGAUAUAAUUUCUGCACCAGGUUUUAUAAUCUGUAAGCCACCAUGUUUGUAUUUAGCAAAACCCCAUUUCAUAAUAUAAAAAAAAGUUGAAAUGCAUACAACCAUCGGGUUUCCAGUCAGGGUUCAAGUGCGAAAUACAAACUAAUGAUGACUUGCAAUAAAACCGCCAAGAAGAGCAGGUUGACAUGCUGUCUUGUGAGGAAUGGGACAGCUAAAGAAGUUGUCCCGUAGUAUAAGCCGUACAUGUCAUUAUUCUGCUCUGUACCCACUAGGAAGGAAAGCAUGUGUGAAAAGCAUACAACUGUACGCAUAGUAUAGCAUCUACAUUUCAUAGGAGUAGAGAGCUAUAGUGUGUGCAUCUGUUAUCAGUUCAGGAUACAGUACCUUGCAGGUGUGUGAGUAUAUGUUUGUGUGUGACUAUUACAUAUGGUCUUUUUACUUUGCAAAUAUAUGGUAUAUAUCGGGGAACUUCCCCCAGUUCCAUGGUGUAAAACUGCUUAAAAUUGUUAAUCCUUUUAAAAGUUCACAGAUUGUUUUCAUGUUAUAUAUAUUUUAGGCUUCCAUUCAAGUGAAAAUAUGUAUAUAGGAAUAAAUGUUACUAAAAAUACUGUUAUAUAUGAAGAUAAAGAGAACAUGUUUUAUGAGACUAUUAUAUAGUAUAAAAGUUUGUAUUCAGAUUAUUUGCUUUAUAUAUAAAAUCUAUUUUGCCUAUGGAUAUAGAUCUAGCAACUUUUACAUUUAAGGGUCAUCAUAGAUACCCUACAAGUCCAUGUAUACAUAACUCCCGCAACAUUGUAUAAUGUAAGAUAGAGCAUACAGCAGUAGUUAGUGUCGAACACAUAUCACUGUAUAUUGAGCACAUCAUAUCAAAACCUCAGACUCUCUGCUACCUGUACCUUAAGAAACAUGAAAGUCAUUGUGGAAAGCAAAGGAGUGUCUUUUGAGUUGACCAAACCAAAGUGGCUUGACAACUGGCAACAAAAAUGACGAUUAAGGGAAUAUCUAUAUAUGUUAUCUUAAGUGUAUAAUGAAGAUUUGCAGAAUUAAUAACAAAGGAGCACAGGUAUUGAGGGUUACUGUGUAGCAUAAUAGACCUAAUAGAAAAAGCCUUGUUCUUCACAAUGUUUCUUGGUGUGAUGUUAUUGGGCUGCACCGAGUGUUGUAUAUGUGUCAUGCACAUACUGUAGAUAAGAUCUGCACUAUUAUCAUGUAAAUGUACAAAAAAUAGAAAAAAAGUUGCUUAAAGUUGCUUCAUGUGAAUAUUUAGUUUUCUAUUUGAUGGCAUCAUCAGGAAUUGUUUUUCAUAAUCCUUUCACUAGAUAAAUCUUGCAUUCAGUAAGUGGUAUUGAAAAAUGACAUUUAUUUUUUUCUCUCUCUGCUUGAGUUUGCUAUAGCAUUACCAAGUCAGAGCAUGCUAUGAUACGAACUGAAACUAAAGUAGUUUGUUUUUUGCCAUAGAAGCCAUAGUUUUACCUUUUCCAUUUUAUAAUAAUUUGGUUAGCAAAGCCAAGAAAAUACUAAGGAUCUUUUUGAAUCAACAUUCAUAUCACUUAGAGCCUUAAACUUGUCUUGAAAUGCUUUUUCUUAAGAGAAACUGUAAUUAUAAACUGUAUUUUAAUAUUUGCUUCUUUUUAAGGGACUUCCAUAUCAUGCUAUAUUUUAAAUUUUCACAGUUUUUUAAAUACUUAACUUUUUUAUUCUCAGUGCGACUGUUAGAAGAGUCAUUACUGGGUAUGUUUUAUUCUCUCAAAUAUGAAAUAUUUGUCAGAGAUGUAAUUUGAUUUAUGCACAUAAUAUCCAUUGUUUUUCAAUUAGUGUAAUCCCAGAGAUAUUUUAUUUGAGAGCAGAUUAACACUGCGUAAUCCAUUGAAAUUAUCAGGAAAGUUGUGAUAACCAGCAUUUAAAAAACAAAAUACCGUUACUUCAGAUUUAUCCCUAAAGUGCACCUUUUUUUUCUUUUUUUUUUUGAUCAAAGAUUGUGAAUGUGUAUAUUUGUAUUGUUUGAUGAAAAAAAAUAAACAAUUAUGGUCAGCAGACACACACUGAUAAAACCAGAAGAGAGAUUUUUAUAGGAAAUCAAUAUAAUUAGGCUGGAAAUGCUAUAUAUUUUAUUAUUGGCAGUUUAGCUACAUUGUACUCUUUUAUUUAAUUUUUGAGUUCAAUAAAAUAUACCUAAA